CAGCAGCACACGACAUCCACCCCGAGCCGAGCCAGUUCUGUUCCCCUUUGCCGUCCUCCCUCCAUCGUCCCGCACCUCGCGAGAAUCCAAAGCUCUUGUGUACUUGCGGCAAGCCUCUCCGCAAAUCGCAAAAUCCUCUACUCCCUCCCUCCCACCUGCAACCCAACCCACCACCGACCCCCCUUCCUCCCCCAUCCCGCCGCCGCCUUCCUCCACCUCCCUUGCUUCUCCGGGAGGGAAGGCACCCGGGAGGCCGCCCCGCCACCCUUCGCAAAAGCCACGCGCCACCAAACCUCUUUUCCCUCACCCCGUCGCUUUCGCGCUCAGCGCGGGCCCUAACCCGGUGGUUCGGUCGGUCGCCGAGGCGAGCGGGGCGAUAAAGGCGUUGCCGACGAGAGGCGGGAUGAUGAGCGGCAGAUCGUCGGGCGGGAGGGACGCCGAGAGCGAGUGGGAGGUCCGGCCGGGCGGGAUGCUGGUGCAGCGCAGGGACGGCGAGGCCGCCGGCCCCGCCAUCAGGAUCAGGGUCUCGUACGGCGCCACCUUCCGCGAGGUCGUCGUGCCGGCGCAGGCCACCUUCGGUGAGCUGAAGAGGAUCCUUGUUCAGACUACUGGCGUGGAACCUGAGAGGCAGAGGCUUUUCUUCCGUGGCAAGGAGAAGAGUGACAGUGAGUUCCUGCACGCAGCAGGUGUCAAGGAUGGAGCAAAGUUGCUUCUUCUUGAGAAGCCUGCCCCUGCCACUGUGGAGCAGAAGGCUGAGCCAGUGAUUAUGGAUGAGAGCAUGAUGAAGGCAUGUCAAGCCGUUGCUCGUGUCAGAGUUGAAGUAGAUAAGCUCUCUGCUAAGGUGUGCGACUUGGAGAGGAGCGUGCUUGGAGGGAGAAAGGUUGAGGAUAAAGAAUUUCUCGUCUUGACGGAGUUGCUUAUGAUGCAGCUGCUGAAACUCGAUGGCAUCGAAGCUGAAGGAGAAGCAAGGGCGCAGAGAAAGGCUGAGGUGCGCCGUAUCCAGUCCCUCGUGGAGACCUUGGACAAGCUGAAAGCUAGAAAUGCAAACCCCUUCACCGAUCACAACAAAGCUGUUUCAGUGACGACGCAGUGGGAGACGUUCGAGAACGGCAUGGGCAGCUUGAGCGCACCCCCGCCACGUGUUUCUUCGACCCAAGUCAACACUGAUUGGGAACAGUUCGACUAGGCUCUGAUGAAGCUAUUGAUGUAUCAUGGAUCUUGUGAGAGGUCAGUAUGGACGGUCCUUUAACUGGCAGCAAGGCGUUGUGUAUAUGCACCACGUUGGAUGCCUUUUGCUGUUCCCACUGCCUGUGAAUGAUACCAAAUGAUACCGUGGGAAAUGCAUCGCUCAUUUGAGGCUCGUAUUUUCAAUCA